AUGAGAUACAGAGUUCGAUCGUGGAAAACAUUAAUCAAUCUGAGGUUUUCAACUCAAUAUUGCUUGUUUCCCGGUGGAAAAUGUGAUCCGGAAGAUCGGGGGGAUUUGAUUCGCACUGCAUUGCGGGAAACGCAAGAGGAAAUUGGAAUUUCACCGGAAUCCAUCGAUGUAUGGCAUCAACUCCCACGUAUGGAUGUGAAGGGCAGUCAAACUAAGAUCCAGCACAAGGUUAUCAAAUCCCUAACCAGGAGACUUGCUCACAUAGGCCGCGUUCGGCUCCCCGGAUUGGGACCUCAGAGUCAGCGUAACUGA